UAUGAACGGCGAGGAUGUAGCAACCUCAAUCCUUAUCUAGAUGGGAUCAUGAGGGUCCCAUCCCAGCCGUAGAAACAAGGUGCCAUCCUUCUCUAUAAAUAUAUUAUUCCACCUGAGCAAGUCGGCACUGAAAUAUUUUAAUUUUAUCUCGCCGGCCGGGAAAUGUUGUUCUGCAAGGAGGACAAAGAGCUGGGUCGUCGGCAGGCCAUGGGGAGGUGCCCGUUGUGCGGCGGCAAAGUUGAGGCAGUGGACGUGGAGAGGAAAUGGAGGCUCUGUUUAGCUCCACUCUGUUUCAAAAUCAAGAGGAAAUAUUACUGUGUUAUGUGUGGUCGUCGUUUGGAAUUGUAUUAUUGAUCUUAUAGAUUGAAUGAGUUAUAGGUGACAAAAGGGUUUCUGGGUUUCUAUAUAUUUUUUUCUUUUUCUUUUUGUCCAUUGAGUUUGAUUGCUUAUGGAUGUUUUGAGAGAGUGAGGAGGAUCAUUGAGGAUUAUUAAGAAUCUGAUAAACGUCAUCUUCAUUCCAGUCCUUGAUUUUAACA